AAAACCUUGACGCUGCGUGGCUCUAUCGUUGAGAUAUUGAAUAAUACGUUUGAGAUUGUGGAACAACAUCCAUCUCCUUUCAACAGAUUGGAGUCCUUGAUUUUGUACACCAAUCAAAUACCCGACAAAGUCGUCAAUUACUUCUCUGAAGGAUCUUCAUGUGAGGUGUGUUUGAAGUUAGUUGAUGGUUAGCUCUGUAGAGAGGCCAGAAAAUAGUAAAAUGCUAUGAUGUUUGAUGAUUUAAGUUCGUUCCUUUGUUGGAUGACUUGACAGUGGGAUACACUUGUUUUCAGAAUGGGAAUGCACUAUUUGAUAUUGUUGAGGAAACUUAAUUUGUGUUAGGGGAAUGUUGUUGGUUCAUCCAUAUGUAUCAUUUACGGAAU